AUGCCAGAUUUGGGGAACCGUCCUCUCCCGCUCGUGCCCUGCUCCCCCGUCAAGGCCGUCGACGAUUCAGCUGCGCUCGAAGCACUACCCAGUGAUUUUGGUUCCGAUAAUGGCGUUCAUGCUCGGGUUUUGAAGAGGACUCGCGGUUCUCUCCGGAAGACUGGCAAUGCUAAGAGUUUGUGGGAUCGCCUUACGGAUCCUCAAUCUCUCCCGUUUCUCGUCGCUGCUCCAAAGAUGGUUGAAUGCUGUUUCUGCCACCAUUCUGUGUGUCCCGGGGAGGAGCUGAUAUGUUCUGUUCAUGGAUGUGGCUCAUGCUAUCAUAAGGAAUGUGCAAAACAAGUCAGUGGGGUUUCAAAUCUGAAAAAGAACAAGUUCAAGUGUCCACAACAUGUGUGCUUCAUUUGCAAGCAAAAGAUGCAUUUGCGGUGUGUGCGUUGCACGACGGCUUUCCAUAGUAAAUGUGCACCAUGGCCUGAAGCUGUGAUCCCUCUGAAAGAUCAUCCUGGACAAGCUGUUUGUUGGAGACAUCCUUCUGAUUGGCGCCUGGAUAGAAAGGAGCAGCCUGAUACUCCAACAAGUGACAUUUCGGAAGUAUUUUGUCGUUUGCCUCUUCCUUUUGUUAAUGAGGAAUUCAAAAUCGACUUCACUUGGAAAGACAUGGACAAUAAGAUGGAGCCACCGCCAUAUAUACACAUAAGACGCAAUAUAUACCUAGUGAAGAAAAAGCGUAGUGAUAUAGAUGAUGGUGCUGGGUGCACCAACUGCAUUUCUUCGUGCUCUGAUGAUUGUGUAUGCAGGGUUCAAUGCAUAAGCUGCUCAAAGGCUUGUCGGUGCUCUGAAAAUUGUAAUAAUCGGCCAUUUCGCAAGGAGAAAAAAAUCAGGAUUGUCAAGACUGAGUUUUGUGGAUGGGGAGUUGAGGCUGCUGAAACAAUUGAGAAAGGAGGGUUCAUAGUUGAGUAUAUUGGAGAAGUCAUUGAUGAUGCUUCAUGUGAACAAAGGCUUUGGGACAUGAAAUAUAAGGGUGUGCAGAAUUUUUACAUGUGUGAGAUUCGUAAAGACUUCACAAUAGAUGCAACUUUCAAAGGAAAUUCAUCACGUUUUUUAAACCAUAGCUGUGAUCCCAAUUGUGUUUUGGAGAAGUGGCAAGUAGAUGGUGAAACUCGCGUUGGUGUAUUUGCUGCUCGUUCGAUAGAAGUUGGAGAGCCAUUAACAUAUGAUUAUAGAUUUGUGCAAUUUGGUCCAGAGGUGAAGUGCCACUGCGGUGCCCAGAAAUGUCAAGGAUUUCUAGGCUCAAAAAAGAAAAUUAGCAAAGUAAACCUGUGUUGGGGGGCAAAACGUAAGCGAACUUUAUGCACAUCGGCAGUAAAAGUUGCUGAUUUGCCAAAACAUUAUAUGUAG